CCUUUCUCUCCCCCAAUCUCUCCCCCAAUCUCUCCCCCAGUCUCUCGCCCAGUCUCUCCCCCAGUCUCUAUCCCACGGCACCUCCCCACAUCUCCCACAUCUCCCCCUCAUCUCAAGGUGGAGGAGCGGCACCUCCCCAUAUCUCCCACAUCUCCCCCUCAUCUCAAGGUGGAGGAGCGGCACCUCCCCAUAUCUCCCACAUCUCCCCCUCAUCUCAAGGUGGAGGAGCGGCACCUCCCCAUAUCUCCCACAUCUCCCCCUCAUCUCAAGGUGGAGGAGCGGCACCUCCCCAUAUCUCCCACAUCUCCCCCACAUCUCAAGGUGGAGGAGCGGCACCUCCCCAUAUCUCCCACAUCUCCCCCU